AAAAUACCACGAAGGAUGCAUAUGCAAAUGCAUUUGAAAAGGAGAAUUUCAUCAACACCCGACCGGGGCGGCGCUAGUCGACAUAUAAUACCAGUAACUAAAACAUCUGUUGAUUCACUCAAUUACAGUAAAAAUAUUUCGCCUGUCUCCAGUAAAAAAAACGUAAACAAUACCCUCCAACAAUAUUCUCCUAUCCGCUGAAUCUGCAAUUCUAGACAUUCUAGCGAUAAUGGAAAACAACGGACGACAUAACCCCUAGUGUCAGAAUGAGUGAGUGAAACGUAAACACACAUUCCCCUUCAAUAAUUCCAUCCAUUUCAAAGACAAUAAAGUAAACCAUUCAACCGAGUUAUAGUUACGAGUUUCAAAAAACGAGUUAGAUUAGUAAUUCCAGGAAAUUUCCACUCAAGUAUUUAAAAUAGUUGAUGAAUUGACCGACCAGCUUAAUUUAAUAAUGGAUGUGAGUACAUUGUUUCGAGCAUGUGUGAAGACAGUGAAUUUGCGGAAGGAAGCACUCUCGGAGGAGAUCCCAAGAGUUCCUCCAAGAAAACAAAAACCAGAAUCAAUGUUCCGAGCCAAAACCAAAUCUCUUGUCACCCAAAUUUCCAAGCUCCAGCAAUUUCUCUUGGAGAAGAGAUCGGCGUACCUGAACCUCUCGAAACACCUGGCCCUCAGUAAUUCAAUGACAGACGCAGAGCGUGACGAGAUAGACAAUGUUUCCCAGGAAAUAAUGACGACGUGCUCAGGAUUGAUAAAGGACUUGGAACGUGACACAGCACAAGCUGACAUAAGUCAGCAGAACCGGGAACACCGGAUGGCAACGCUGGAUCUCAUAAAGCACUACCUGGAGAACGUCUGCAAGAUUUAUUCCGAGCAGAGGGCAAUUCGUUACAAGAAAAUGAUGGAGUUGAAGAAGUUGUCCAAGUUGGAGCUUGAAAAGAGCUCCGAGGCGAUACUCCAUCCCCCAAGGAAGGAGCUGGAGCACGAUAAGAGGGAUGUAUCGCCUUCUGCUGGCUCCAGCCCUCUGAAAGUUCAGGAGAUGAAUGGAGAUGUGUCCCCUGUCAUCUAUGAGGAGGAGCUCUCUGCAGAGGACAUCCAGAUGUUUGAGUCUGAGAAUGAACAGCUUUACAACGAAUUGAAUACUAUUACUGAGGAGGUCAGGCUCAUCGAGAGCAAGGUCGUUCACAUCGCUGAGUUACAGGAAAUCUUCACCGAGAAGGUCCUUCAACAGGACAGAGAUCUGGAUAAACUUGUGACAACUGUCGUGGGGUCUACUGAGAAUGUUAAGGAAGCCAAUGAACAGAUUCGACAAGCUAUUCAGAGGAACGCUGGCCUUAGAGUGUGGAUUCUUUUCUUUUUACUUGUCAUGUCAUUUUCAUUAUUAUUUUUGGAUUGGUAUAAUCCUUAAGCAUUUCUUCUUUUGUUGUCUUUUUAUGGCACUUUGCUUUUUGUAAUUGGGGACAAUAAAUUAAUAUAUAUAUUGUAAAAGGAAGACUCAGUGAUUUAAUUUUUUGGGGGGAGAAGAGACGUGACAGAGCCAAUUCGUAAUUUUAAUUUGUAAAAGUAUCGGUGCAUUUGAAUUCCCUCAAUUUUUCAGCGAUG